AUGAGUGUGCAAUCGAGGACGGGACCUGUGGCCGGUGACCCGUUGAACGACAUGUAUGCGAAAAAGGACAUGGAUACAUCACCCGUCGUUGAAGAUCAACCAGGCACGUCGGAUCUGGACCUUAUCUGGGACUCAGACCAAGAUUAUGAUGAAUGUGUAUACUACCAUGGAGGAAGUGAUCUGUACGCGGAAGAUGUCGACGGUCAGAUGGAGGUACUACCAGAAGUGCCUGUGACGACGGAAGAUCUGAAGACCGAGGACAUUCAGCUAUGUGGAUCAGAUUACCAAACCCCGGAAGAAUUUGAUCGACUUCGCCAAAGGAUCUGGAAGUUUCAGCACCUCUUGAUCGGCAAAGGAAAUGCCCUUCCGCCGGCGGCUAGAGGUGUGGUGUUCGGCAUCGAUGUCGGAGGAGCGAGCCCCAUCACCCUGAAGUGUCAUAAGGUACGGAUCCAGUUCAGGGAGAACCUGGCAGACUUGAUCAAAGAUCACCAUGGGCUACCCCUGAUCAUCAAGAAGAACGGAGUGGAUAUCAGGUUGUGCAUCGAUUACCGGUUGGUUAACAGUCUAACUCAGCUGAUGGUCUACCCAAUGCCCUUGAUCAACGACUUACUUGAAGAUCUGGAGUCGACACUUUGGUACUGUUCUUUGGAUAUGGCGAGUGGAUUUUGGGUAGUCAUAAUGACGGAUCGUGCUCGUUUGAUCUCGGCUUUUAUCACUCCUUUUGGAUUAUUUGAGUGGAAUCGAAUGCCUUUUGGCCUGAAGAAUGCGCCCCAGAUCUAUCAACGCAUGAUCGAUAACGCGCUAUAUGGGUUCACCCGGAUCCCGAAGUCCGAAGAUCACGGAAGUAUCGCGGAUGUAUUUGAGGACUGGUAA